AUGGAGAGUGUAAAAGGAUCUCUACCCUCCAUGAGCGCUGGUCUGGAGGUAAUGGAUAAGACUGCAUGUUACCAUUACAGAAGCGAGCUUAAGACAAUAAAACGACGUUUUCCCGCGCAUCCACGAUCUGGGGCAAGGCACCUGUGUGGCCGCCGGCUGUAUAAGAGGCAACCAAGAUUAGCAUUAAUUCCUUCUCUAGAUAAUAUGACGGAGGGGACACUUGUGACAGAUAACCACGUGGCUUUAGUCGUUUCCAUACCGACAUACCAUUUCACCGUUAGGAUGUCCCAAUGCCUAUCCACAAUCAGAAAGGCUUCUUGA